CACUUCUACUCAACAUGUCUACCUUCACUGCUCUCAAUGGCGCUCCAUCAAAGAUGACCGAGUCUUCCGCGGCGCCGGCGGACCAAAGCUCUUCUCCUGGAGACCGUCAUGCUGGCUCAGUAAUAGCCACCUCGGCGCCAGCAGCCGCUGAGAUGCCAGCAACUUCAUCACAAAGAGACUCCUGGACACCCAGCGCGGACAGGACUAUACAUGUUGCAACCUAUCCGGAAAUCGAAGGGUCACAUAAGCGUAAGCGAUCGGGAUCCGUUGAGAUCCGGAGAGAGCUCCCAGCGCAAGAGCGUACCCCAGACACCGCGACGGCUCCGUCGCACAACGAGGCCCGCGAUCACUAUGGCACACCACAGAGAGACUACCGCCCCUACGGUGAUGAGCAGCGAGAACGCGACAAGGAAAUGUGGUACUCACAUCCGUCCCGAGAGGAGAGGAACCCCUACGAGACUCAGCAGAACUCGGCAAUCUCGACCCAAAGCAACGCUGAUGAGCAGAUGGGGGAAGCGCUGAGGCGAGCUACAGGCCAGAUGGACCACAGCGAUUACACCAACACAAGCCCCGAUGGCGAUGAUCGAUCAAUGUCUCUCUACGGUGGCUCGUAUACAGACCACAGAGGAGACUCGAUGCUCCAGCACGACCCGAAGAAGCGGAAGCGGAACUUUAGCAACCGCACGAAAACUGGCUGCCUGACAUGCCGCAAGAGGAAGAAGAAGUGCGACGAGCAGAAGCCUGAAUGUAGCAACUGCAUUCGUGGUGCAUUCGUAUGUGCCGGCUACCCUCCUCAGAGGGGACCAGGCUGGCAGAAACCGGACAACAAAGCCGCUGCAGUCCCACUCGAAUCCAAAGACCCCAGCUACGUUCCGCCCGGUGCGUAUGGUAUGCCGCAGCCUCACCCGCAGCCUCACCCGCAGGCACAAUCUCAGGCGCCUCCGCCUCCAGCCUCGGUGCCCGGGCCGGGACCACCUGUAAAACGAGAGUCGUUGAAUCAUUACCGCGGCCAGGCUCUCCGGAUAGACCCCCCUCAAAGCCGGCCAGUGAUCAUUUCAGACGACGAUCGUCCAACGGCGUCGACCAUCCCCAGUGCAUCCGUGACGAGUCCCGACAACAAGCUCUCUGCGCUGCCGUUCACUCCCGCCAACGUCUUCCCCACGCCCGUGAGCGCAAACACCCAAGCACCGCCCUUUGGCGAGAGGGCGGCAAAGGAGUACCAGCGGGUGCCUCCGCUGCACGACUUGAGCCGGACCGAGCCUGAAACGCCGCAUCCAGGCAAUCAGCUGCCGCAGAUCAAUAUUCUGCAUCCCACGAGGACAAACAGCCCGACGCCUCGCCCGCAGCCGCCUGCAACUUCAAACGCACAGAUGGCUGCCCAGCUUGCACUUUCUCACUCGCAAUUCCCGCUGCGACGAACUCAAAAGGAGGAGAUGCUCUCCGGAAGGCACUUUUACCCGUUUGAUAAGGAGCUUUGCCUUGAGCGGGAGCGAUGCGCUGCUGCUUGCUGGAGAUUCAACAACCUCACGACGCCCCCGACAAACGGCGUUUCUCCCGAAGAGCGAGCACGCUUGUUCCUCGAAAUCCUGCAGCCCCGAGACCCCGUCCGCGUUUCUCCCAUCGAGGCGUCUCCGGUUACCAACGUUGGACGGGUCGGCCGUCAUGUUGCCGUCGAGACUCCCUUUGUCUGCGACUAUGGCUAUAACAUUUCCAUUGGCAAUGACGUCGUCAUUGGGCGAAACUGUACCAUCAACGACGUCUGCGAGGUCAAGAUUGGGGACAACUGUGUCCUUGGGCCCAAUGUCAGCAUCUUCACCGCCUCCUUACCUAUUGAUCCUAAGAAGCGUCAAGGAGGACAGGGGCCGCAGCUGGGCAGACCUAUUGUCAUUGAACAAGAUUGCUGGAUCGGCGGCGGUGCCAUCAUCUUGCCCGGCCGGACCAUUGGCAAGGGAAGCACCGUCGGAGCAGGGUCUAUCGUUACCAAGGUAUGUUUCAUUAUGUCGUCCAGAGUGUGGAAACGAAUAGUUCCAAUGCUAAUCGUAACUCGCCUUGCAGGAUGUGCCUCCCUUUACAAUAGUGGCUGGAAAUCCAGCGCGCGUCCUUCGCGGCAUUGCGUCUUAAUACUCUUAAUAUCUGGGCCUUGUGGCUUCCCUGGGGAGCGUGCUUUUGCACCUCAUGUUGUGAUACCCAAGCGAGCGCGUAUGGUGGAAGCUUGUGUGCGUGCGUAUGUACAACUACGCGACUUUAUUCCGGACUUUUUGUCUCACCGUCUGUUUCUCUUUUUCCUUUCUUGUUUUUCUUUUGUUUUGUUGUCAUUGCUGUGCGCCAUUUCCUUUUGUCUCAUUACAGGAACAAGAAAGCAAAAGUUUGUGUGGGCGAUUACGCUUAAUGAUAUGAUUUGA